CUCUUCUCCUCAUUUCAGCCUUAGUCCUCCUUGAAAGCAGGCCUACAUUAUCUGUUUCUCUGGAUAAAGAAUCAUAUUAGUCGUUAAUCUAUCAAAGCUUUUGAUGCGACAGGACACGAUGAAGACCCUGGUCCUCCUGGCUCUCCUGGGAAUAGGUCUGCAUGGCGCAGAUGCAGCGACUCACUCUCUGAAGUAUUUCUACACUGCGUCUUCUGGAGUCCCAAACUUCCCAGAGUUUGUGGCUGUUGGGUUGGUUGAUGAAGUUCAGAUGAUUCACUAUGACAGUAACACCAUGAAAGCAGAACCCAAACAGGACUGGGUGAACAAGGCAGCAGAUCCUCAGUACUGGGAGAGGAACACUGGGAACUUUGUGGGUUCCCAGCAGGUCUUCAAAGGCAACAUUGACAUUGCGAAGCAGCGCUUCAACCAAACUGGAGGUGUCCACAUUUUCCAGAACAUGUACGGCUGUGAGUGGGAUGAUGAGACUGGAGAGGUUAAUGGUUUUGAUCAGUAUGGUUAUGACGGAGAAGACUUCGUAGCAUUUGACCUGAAGACAGAGACAUACAUCGCUCCAAAACCACAGGCUGUCAUCACCAAACACAAGUUGGAUCAUAACAAAGCUUUGAUCGCUCAGAACAAGAACUACCUCACCCAGGAGUGCACUGAGUGGCUGAAGAAGUAUGUGGACUAUGGGAGGAGCUCUCUGCUGAGAACAGAGCUUCCCUCAGUGUCUCUCCUCCAGAAGACUCCCUCCUCUCCAGUCAGCUGCCACGCUACAGGUUUCUACCCUGACAGAGCCGUGAUGUUCUGGAGGAAAGAUGGAGUGGAGUUUCAUGAGGAGGUGGAGCACGGCGAGAUCCUCCCCAACCACGAUGGAUCCUUCCAGAUGAGUGUUGACCUGAAACUUUCAUCAGUCACACCUGAAGACUGGAGGAGGUACGACUGUGUGUUUCAGCUCUCUGGUGUGAAGGACGACAUCGUCACCAGACUGGACAAAGCAGUGAUCAGGAGCAACGAAGCAGGGAAGCCCAGUGACAUGAACCUCAUCAUCAUUGCUGUCAUCAUUGCUGCAGUGGUUGUUGUUGGUCUCGUCCUCAUCGCUGUGAUUGGAUUCAUCAUUUAUAAAAAGAAGAAUGCCAAAUAUGCUCAACCCUCUAAAUCUCCUCCACAUGAGUCAGAGAUUCCUUCAAGUAAUCCUUCUACAGAAACUGAACAGAGCAACACACCAUUGAUGAAAGAUUUGACGACUUCAUCUGACAGUUUGAGGAGCACAUCAGGGUCAGAGACUUCUUCAAGUACUUCUUCUGAUUCUUCUAGAGAAAGUCUAACCAGCACCACACAGCUGAUCAAAGAGUGACAGUUUGAAGAUGGAGGAUGAACUCCAGUCCAUGAGGAGGCGGCAACAUUGAACUUCUAAGAGAAUCCUUCUGCUUUGCACGAGAAGUGAACAUGUUUUAGACACAAUCUGUAAUCCAAACAUAAACAAAAGGGUCACACGCCACCAAAAUGAAGUGAAUAUCUUUUACAUUUAUAUGGUGCAAUGAGGCUUUGAAGCAGCAUUAAUUAAUAUUUUGUAUGAAAAAUGGAUCAAAUGACGAACCCACAGAUAAUUUCCCUCAGCUCUACAGAAAGUUUUAACAACUUUCAGCUCAUUGUGGUUCACUCUCAAUGCACUCACCAACCCACAUUUCCAGACACAACAGCCAGCUGUUUCAGCAGAAGCAGCUCUGAGCAGCUGACAGACAACGUUAGCAGCUAGCUGGUGAACACAGUGGAGCAUUUAGCAGCUAAAGCGACAGAUGUUUUCCUCAGGAGUUGGUGGAGACCAAAACAAGGUGAAAUCUCCAACAACAGGAGAGUAACUGUGCUGCUGUCGGGCUGUCUCUCAGUCUCAGACACUGACAACAUUUUACAACAAUCCAAGUUGGAACAGUAGAUAAUUAGACUUAGAGUCUACUGGCAAAAUGAGUUUCACUCCAGACACACAGGCUGGGAAAUAUCUGGGCGAGUGAUCCACAUAUUGGCCAGGCAGCUCAAACAAGGUUGAUGUAGAGCCUCAACACCAUGAACUAUAUUCACAUCUUUAUUGAACGUCAAAUGACAUGUUUCAAUCCACAGUGGAUCUUUGCCACAUUAAAACUACACGCCAUCCCUAUAAGUAUGUAUAGCCAUGACGAUACAUAAAUGUUCAUAAUGACUGUGUAAAUGAUGAACAAUUAAUUGAAAUAUUAGGAAGGAUGACCCUGCUGUUGACAAAAAUAAUGUCUGCAAAUAGGCAAAUAUAGAUAUGUCUAUAUAAAUAAUUUUUUCACAUUUCUUGUGUUCAUCUGCCACAUGAUAGUUAAACACAUUCAAGAUGACGUUUUCUUUCUUUUUCUUUUGGUGAGAGUUAAAGCAACAUGUAUAGGAACACAAAAUCAUCACUGUGCUUGCCAUCACAUAAUCAGUUUUGUGGUUUGGGUGUUCAUGUGAUACUGAUCUACUGUAGCUACAGUUCAGUAUUUGAAUUAUUUUGAAUUGGUGGUUGGAUGAUGUUAGUUCAUAAUACAAAUGCAAAUGUACAUAUAGACUCACACAUAUUCGCUCCUAUGCAUUCAGAUUCACAUUUUUAUAUAGACAGAUACACACACAUCCACACACACUUACAUAUGUCAGUUUAUGAUUUAUUUUCCAGUUGUGCAAAUACUCUGCUUAUAUGUUUUGAAACUGGUGAAGCUGUCAACAAAAUCUUGGGUGUUUUUUCUUAAUUCAAGUUAUUCUCACAGUUUCUUUUUGAGGAACACACAUUUAUUCAUAUAUAAAUGUACUCUUGAGACAAAUCUUUUGUAGUGUUUAAUGUAAAUGUCACAUUUAUAUAAAGUAGGUGGGUAACAUGUGGGGUGUUUCUGCUCAGGUUUUUUCAAUCACUGCAUAAAAUGAUUUUGAAUAAAUACAUGAAUUAAGGAACAUGGCCUUUUUUCUGUGUUAAGUUUUUGUGACAUGAUUGAAUGCCACAUUAUGUUGUACCUAAAGGUUUACAGGUCAGUGAAGUAUCCAAUAUAAUAUGUGUUGCCCUUAAAUCCUGAUGUAUUCCCACUCAUCUGCGACUGCACAGUAAUAUGAAUAUAUCCUGAUUUUGAACUCUUCACAGAGAGACUUAAUGAAGUGGCUCCAAUUGUGCAGAUAUUAAGAUAUCAAAUUAAAAAGAACAGGAAGGACAAAAUUAGUUGAGAAAACGUGUGGAACUCUACAGACAACUUAAGUAGGAAUUUAUGUUUUUACUUGACAUGAAAAUGCUGCUGAUGAUUUUAUUUGUUUGAGUCCUUUUCAUCUGUCAGCACUCGUGUUCCCCAGCUGUCUGGUUUGUAAAAUGAUAAUCAAAGGACAUAAUGAUGACCACCAUGGAGGACUGGAACUGCCAAAAUA